GUGGUGGUACCGGUAGUAUCUAACAUCAAGGGGAGCUGCUGUACUAGCAGAGUGACGAGUCAGUACCAAAGCUACGGUACCAGUACAGCUACCGCGACCCGAAGCUAUCGUGCUCCUCCCACUUUUUCUCGGAAACUCGGUUGUUCCAUACCGGACCCAAUCAAUCGGCAUCACACCAGGAACGUCUUUCGUCCAUCAUUGCUUUCAAUACAAUUUCAUUAUCCUUUGUGGAGCUCCAACCAACACACAAAUUCCCAGUAACAUAUCAUCAUCCUCGCCAUGUUUGACUUCUCACAGACGCAGACCCACAAUGGGGCUUUGUUUUCACAGCCCGCAGGGUUCCCUCUUGCCGAAGAAUCUGGCAAGCGAAGUCCACAAGAAGCAUUCUCGGCAUCGUAUCAUUGCGAACGCCGGACAUCAUUAGAAGACCAUGGGUACAUCUACUCCUGGAAGAGGACCAACAGCAAUGCAUCCCAUGAUGGACAACAAAUAAUCAACUCUUCUUCUUCAUGGGACGAAGAGGAACGAUCAGAUGAUGAUGAUGCGCUGCUGUGCAAUCAGCCGUCUCCCGGCAAGAAACAGAGGAAGCAUCCUCGUCAAGAAGACUUAAACGAUGAAGGGAGCAAUCCUAGCGACGCUUAUCCUUAUCUUCGCAGGGGUAGCUAUCAAUCUCCCCCAACACAACAACGGCAGUCAGGACAUCGAAAGGGACGCAAUCGAGCCUUUACGGGUGAAGACUUUCAAAGGCUCAUCAUUUCUCAAAUGUGAAUUGGUCAUCAUUGUUCUUGCAAUUCAUUUUGUACACGACGACUGCCCAUGCUUCAAAAUUCCGGUAGUCUAUCUAUUGCCACGAUAUAUAUAUAUAUAUAUAUAUAUACAGAUGAUUAUGUAGAUUAAAACGGAGGCACCCUGUCUCCAGCCAAGUUCCAACAGUGUUCCAUCGUCAUUUCCCAUUCAUGCACCAGCCAAGCUCAACCUAAACCUAAACAAGCAACCUUCCCAUCUUGAUAGCUAAUACAUAAGAAACACUUGAUUCAAA